CUCCUCCAUUCCCUUUCUCUCCCCUCCCUUCCAUUGCAUGGACUCCGGCUCUUCUCCGCCGGAGGUCCCUUCCUCCUCCUCCUCCGACCAACCACCACCACCACCAUCAUCUUCCCAAAUCUCUCAUCAACAACUAAGCCGUUACGAAUCACAAAAAAGGAGAGACUGGAACACCUUCUUGCAAUACCUGAAGAACCACAAACCACCACUGAGUCUUGCCCGGUGCAGCGGCGCUCAUGUCAUAGAGUUCCUCAAAUACUUAGACCAGUUUGGCAAAACCAAGGUUCACUCUUCUGACUGCUCUUACUUUGGCCACCCUUCCCCUCCAGCACCUUGUUCAUGUCCUCUCCGUCAAGCCUGGGGCUCUCUUGAUGCUCUCAUUGGCCGUCUUCGUGCUGCCUAUGAAGAGCAUGAUGGCAAGCCUGAGACUAACCCUUUUGGUGCUCGUGCUGUUAGAAUUUACUUGAGAGAAGUUAGAGAAAGCCAAGCUAAGGCUAGAGGCAUCCCUUAUGAGAAGAAGAAGAGAAAACGCCAACCUCCUCUUCCUCCUCCUCCUGCCGGUGAAACUAGUGCUAGUGUCAGUGAUGUUGCUGUUGAUCCUGCCGGAGAAACUAGUGCUAGUGCUAGUAGUGCUAGUGUUAGUGUUAGUGUUUGUGCUCAAGAAGGUGAAGGUGAAGGUGAAGGUGAAGGUGGUGAUGCAAAGAGAUCAGAGGUGGUGGUGGAGGAGGAGGCCGGUGAUGGUGAUGAUGAUAAUGAUGAUGAAGAUGAUACGAAGAAGAAGAGUUCUUCAGCUUCUUGAUCAGUAUAAACUCUUUAUCUUUAAUCUUCUUUUUUUUUUUUUACUGAUUUAUGGGAUUACUUCUUUGGUAUUAAUUAUUACUUGGGAUGAAGAUGAAGAAGGAGAUGGAGGAGGGUUUAAUUAGGGUUAAUUAGAGAUUUUAUUAAUAUAUAUAUAUAUAUAUAUAUAUGUAGGAGUGUAUAUUUGGUAGGGGAGACAGUGAAACAAGAACGAAGAAGAGGGAAUAUUAUGAUCAUUAAUUCAUAGUUUUUUUUUU